CCGCGGCGGCGGGAAUACAUCACCCAGGCGGCGCCGCGUCGCCGCUCCGCGCAUGCGCCGCCGAGGGCUGGGCUGUUGCUCCCUCACGGGCGGCUGCGGCGGGUCCUCGCCAUGGAGUCCUACGAUGUGAUAGCGAACCAGCCCGUCGUGAUAGACAACGGCUCGGGUGUGAUUAAAGCAGGUUUUGCAGGCGAUCAAAUACCAAAAUACUGCUUUCCUAACUAUGUGGGCAGACCAAAGCACGUCCGUGUUAUGGCUGGUGCUUUAGAAGGGGACAUUUUCAUUGGUCCAAAGGCAGAGGAGCACAGAGGUCUUCUUGCGAUCCGAUACCCGAUGGAGCACGGCAUAGUGAAGGACUGGAACGACAUGGAGCGCAUCUGGCAGUACGUCUAUUCUAAAGACCAGCUCCAGACAUUCUCAGAAGAGCAUCCUGUGCUGCUGACAGAAGCACCCCUAAACCCGCGCAAGAACAGAGAGCGUGCUGCUGAGGUGUUUUUUGAGACCUUCAAUGUGCCAGCACUAUUCAUCUCCAUGCAAGCUGUGCUUAGCCUCUACGCGACCGGCAGGACCACGGGAGUGGUGCUGGACUCCGGGGAUGGUGUCACCCACGCGGUGCCCAUCUAUGAAGGCUUUGCCAUGCCUCACUCCAUCAUGCGGAUUGACAUCGCUGGCCGGGAUGUCUCCCGCUUCCUGCGUCUCUAUCUCCGGAAGGAAGGAUAUGACUUCCACACAACCUCUGAGUUUGAGAUUGUCAAGACCAUCAAGGAGCGUGCCUGCUACCUGUCAAUAAACCCCCAGAAGGAUGAGACUCUGGAGACUGAGAAGGCUCAGUACUACCUGCCAGAUGGAAGCACUAUUGAGAUUGGCCCAGCCCGUUUCCGAGCCCCAGAGCUGCUGUUCCGGCCGGACCUGAUAGGGGAGGAAUGCGAAGGACUUCAUGAAGUGCUCGUUUUUGCCAUUCAAAAGUCAGACAUGGAUCUGAGGCGAACGCUGUUCUCCAACAUCGUGCUGUCUGGAGGCUCCACGCUUUUCAAAGGCUUUGGGGACAGGCUGUUGAGCGAAGUGAAGAAACUAGCUCCGAAGGACGUCAAAAUAAGGAUAUCGGCUCCUCAGGAGAGAUUGUAUUCCACAUGGAUUGGUGGCUCUAUCCUGGCCUCUCUGGACACCUUUAAGAAAAUGUGGGUUUCAAAAAAGGAAUAUGAAGAAGAUGGAGCUCGUGCCAUCCACCGAAAAACCUUCUAGCCCUGGGACCUGUCCUCAGUCUCCUCCGAAGACUCACUUAAACUCGCUUUUCUGAGUCCGAGUGUCUGAGAGCUGCCUGUGUGUGUGUGUGUGCGCCAGCAUGCCCCGAUGUCACUGAGCAAAGACGACAGCAGCAGGAGGGUUGUAUUAGUACUACUAACUUCUUUUUGUUUCGGUUUGUUUUUUUUUUAAUGCAAAGGAGAAAAUACCAAUCUGAAUUUCUCCAGAAUGGCCCAUUCCUUUUUCAUUUCAGUCCCUUAUUUUUUGUAUCACAGUCACAUCUGUCAUUGUAAAACAAAUAAACAAAAACAAAGGGAACAGCUUAUAGAAACUGCCUGGCAAGCCAGAAGGGAGCCAACCACUGCAGACUGCUCAUGCAGGCUUUAGUCAGCCCGACUGCAAUGCCUGGAUUGUCUGGAAACACAAAGCUGAGGCCCCAUAGCUACUUCCUUCUUCAGCAGCGUCUUCACCAUUAGUAGGUUUUUGAAGUUGUUUUUAAUAUAUUUUUUAUUAAGAGGAAGCACAUUCUCAACAGUUAAGUCCAUUUGCCCCCACUGUUUUGGUGUAUGAGUGUGUGUAUGAGUGUGUAACUUCUUAGCCUGAUGUGGGGUCUGCACCACAGCUGGAGAAGUUGGCGAUAAGACUUAGUUUGUAUUGCAUGGAGUAGAACAAAGCAAAUCUAAUCAGCUAUCAUUGUACUAGACGGUUAUUCUCUCGUACCUUGUUUUAAAUACCUUUUCUCCUCCGGAAGCAAGUACCCCAGAAUGGGCGUGAAGGCACUUGUGUGUUCCCCUCAACCUGCCAAGAUUUACAGUGCUGACUUCUUGUGUUCUUUGUCAGAGUCGAGGCUGUUUCCCUCCUUCCUGCCAUGUCAGGGCAAAGGUAGCAUGUAUUCACAGCCAGGCGUAACUCUUGUGUAUUUUAUCCAUUCUGGGGCAAAAUAAUAAUUGGGAAGGUGCAUUGUAAUGUAAGAAUUGUUUUAUUUAUUGAAAUGUCUGAGAAUCUCUCAAAUACUGACCACAGCACCUGGGAA